AUGGAUGGUAUGGAUAGGAUAAUGGAGGUAGGAGGAGGUGUGCUAGAGGACAUUUUUACAACCAUAUUCUUCUCAUCUUGCCUUUUACAGAUGCUCUCUUUCCAACUCUCUCUCUCUCUCUCUCUCUCUCUCUCUCUCUCUCUUCUGCAUUCAUUGAUUACUCUCACUCAAGAUCAUCUCAAGUCAAACCCUUCAAAUAAUUACCCACGUUCGUUAGUUUAGUUUUUAUCUCAUAAACCCUCUUUUCUCAUCUGGGUUUUUACAAAUUCUUGAUUUUGAUUGAGUAGACUUUAAAAAAGAUUCUUUCUUUUUGUUGAUAAUUGACCCCCCCAUCUGGGUUUGUAGUAGUUAGUUAUAACAAGAUAACAUAAUCCAUAUUCCCCCUUUAAGAAUCUUGUUUCUCUUAUGUGUGUGUUGUUGUCAAAUUUUUUUCUUAAAUUUUAGGGUUUUGAUUCCUUGAUUAAACACUUUAUAAGGUGACCAAAGGUUUCCCUGUUAUUAUUCCCUAUUCCCCUUUUCAUUUUUAUCUUUUUCUAUUUUAUUAUCAUUAUUCUCCUAAUUAUUAUAUUUUAGUUUAGUUUAAUUUAUAUAUAUAUAUAUUCUUUAGAAACCAGCUGUUAAGUGGAACCCUUUAUUUACACAUACAUAUGAAGUGUUUGAGAAUUUUUUACUUGUGUGGAUGAGUUUGAUCCUUGUGUUGAUGCUAUGUUGCUCAUUUGUAUCAUUAAUCUCAAUGAAGUUAAAUAAAAGUAUGAACAUUUGGAUGAAGUUUCUUGAGAUCUUUUCAACAUACACUUGUAUGAUCCAUCUUCAUUAUUAUCAACAACUUGGGCCAAGAAAGCUAAGAAAAAGAUGGUUAAGAAAGCUUCUAAUCUUGUGGAUUGCAUUUGGUACACUUCUUUCUUUAUGGAUCUUUUGGUAUUUGAGAUCUCAAGCUUUGGAAAAAAGGAAAGAAACACUAGCUAACAUGUGUGAUGAAAGGGCUAGAAUGCUUCAAGAUCAGUUUAAUGUUAGUAUGAAUCAUGUUCAAGCUAUGUCUAUUUUGAUCUCUACUUUUCACCAUGGUAAAAACCCUUCUGCAAUUGAUCAGGAGACUUUUGCAAAGUACACGGAACGAACUGCUUUUGAGAGACCACUAACAAGUGGGGUGGCAUAUGCAGUGCGUGUACUUCAUUCCGAAAGAGAACAAUUCGAGAAACAACAAGGAUGGACCAUAAAGAACAUGACCCCAGUUAAAAAAGACGAAUACAGCCCCGAAGAAUUCGAGCCGUCACCGAUUCAACCCGAAUACGCCCCCGUUAUCUUCGCACAAGAUACUGUUGCUCAUGUCAUUUCUCUUGAUAUGUUGACCGGAAAGGAAGAUCGCGAUAACGUGUUGCGUGCACGAGCAUUAGGAAAAGGGGUUCUCACUGCUCCAUUGGAUCUUAUAAAGUCAAACCGUCUCGGAGUUAUUUUGACUUUUGCGGUUUAUAAUCGAGAUUUACCUUCUAAUGCUACUCCGGAGGAAAGAAUCAAAGCAACCGAGGGGUACCUUGGUGGGGUGUUUGAUAUUAGAUCAUUGGUCGAGAAGUUACUUCAACAACUUGCAAGAAAGCAAAUCAUUUACGUGAACGUUUUCGAUACGACUAAUGUGUCAAACCCUAUUAGUAUGUAUGGCACCGAUGUUUCGGACACUGGUUUACAACAUGUUAGUCCUCUUAACUUUGGUGACCCGUCAAGAAAGCAUGAGAUGCGUUGCAGAUUUAAACAAAAACCACCGUGGCAAAUCUUGGCAAUAUCAACUUCUUUCGGUAUUUUCGUGAUUACUUUGCUUGUCGGGCACAUCUUUCAUGCAACUGUAAAUAGAAUAGCAAAAGUUGAAGACGAUUAUCACGAGAUGUCAGUGCUCAAAAAACACGCGGAGGAUGCUGACUUGGCAAAAUCGCAGUUCCUUGCUACUGUUUCCCAUGAAAUUAGAACCCCGAUGAAUGGCGUUCUUGGGAUGCUGGAUAUGCUUAUGGAUACUGUUCUUGACGUAACGCAACAAGAUUAUGUUAGAACGGCUCAAGCUAGCGGAAAAGCUCUUGUUUCACUAAUUAACGCUGUUCUUGAUCAAGCUAAAAUUGAAUCAGGAAAACUCGAGCUCGAGGCCGUUCGAUUCGAGCUUCGCGCUGUUUUGGAUGAUGUUUUGUCUUUAUUUUCAGGGAAAUCACAAGAAAAAGGAAUUGAGUUGGCAGCCUAUGUAUCUGAAAAAGUUCCCGAGACAUUAAUCGGUGAUCCGGGGCGUUUUCGUCAAAUUAUCACAAAUCUCAUGGGUAACUCUAUUAAGUUCACCGAGAAAGGGCACAUCUUUGUUACCGUACACCUUCUUGAGGAAGUUACGAACUCAAUUGAUGUCGAAACGGAAUCGUCAUGCAAAGACACAUUGAGCGGACUACCUGUAGCCGAUAGAAAGCGAAGCUGGGAAGCGUUUAGACCCACGGACCAAACCGUGGAUCCGUCUGAAUCCAUAAAGUUAAUAAUAUCCGUUGAAGAUACUGGUGUCGGAAUCCCUCUAGAUGCACAAUCUAGAAUCUUUACACCUUUUAUGCAAGUGGGCCCCUCGAUUUCCCGUAUUCAUGGAGGAACAGGUAUCGGUCUAAGCAUCAGUAAAUGUUUGGUCAAUCUAAUGAACGGUGAGAUUGGGUUCAGUAGCGUUCCAAAGAUCGGGUCAACUUUCACUUUCACUGCUGUUUUUUCAAAUCCGAAUGAGCAGCAAAUGAACGGUGAGUCAAAGUCACAGUUUUGCAACAUGCUAGCCGUCAUCGUUGACCCGAGGCCCGUACGAGCCGAGGUAUCAAGAUAUCACAUCCAACGGCUAGGAAUGCACGUUGAAAUCGUCCCUAGUUUGACCAGCAUGUUGUCAAUGUUGACCAAAGGAAGUCAAAUCGUCAACCUGGUCUUAAUCGAAGAGGACGUUUGGGAUCGAGAUUUAACUAACUCAUCUGUUUUUGCUUACAAGUUGAGAAAUUUAGAUCUCAAGGUUCCCCCAAAAUUGUUUCUUUUAACGAAUUCGAUCGGUGGGUCCCGCCAAAGUAACGGUGUCCCUUCGCCACCUGUGAUUACCAAACCGUUAAGGGUGAGCAUGUUGGCGGGGUCGUUACAACGGGCAAUGGGUGGUAAUAAAGAUAAUGCUAGAAAUGGAGAAGUCCCGAAGUUAUCUUUAUCGAAAUUAUUAAUCGGGAGGAAAAUAUUAGUGGUUGAUGAUAAUAAUGUAAAUCUUCGGGUUGCUGCGGGUGCGUUAAAGAAAUAUGGGGCGGAAGUUACGUGUGCCGAUAGUGGAAGGAAAGCUAUUUCGCUAUUAAAACCGCCUCAUUCGUUUGAUGCUUGUUUUAUGGAUAUUCAGAUGCCGGAAAUGGACGGGUUUCAAGCAACAAACGUGAUUCGUGAGAUGGAAUACGCCAUAAAUAAUCAUAUCCAAGUCGGGGAUUAUGCAAAUAUUUCACGUUGGCAUGUACCGAUUUUAGCCAUGACUGCUGAUGUAAUUCAGGCUACACACGAACAAUGUCUUAGAUCUGGAAUGGAUGGCUAUGUAUCUAAACCCUUUGAACCUAAUCAACUUUAUCAAGAAGUUUCUCGAUUUUUCUUGUAACCCAAUCAACCCCACAAUAACUAACCAAACCGUGCCUGUUUUUUGAGGCGUUUUGGAUAACGGGGUUCAGAUUCUUCACAAGGGAAACUAGCCGUCAUGACAUUAUAAUGUACAUACAGAAGUCAUUUAUUGGUGGAGAUAUGUUCAUCUUGUAGAGCGAGUUUAGAUACAGAAACCAAUUCAUUUGCCUCCAAUGUAGAUUUUGAUACAUAUUUCCAAGUUAUCAGAAGACGGAACAGGCUCAACAGUUGACUUGACUUUUUGGUCAACUCUCGGACUUUGGUCUGUCCUCGGUUUCUGCUGUUUAGUUUGCACUAGUUGAUGCAUGCACCCUGCUCAGGGCAAAAGAAUGUAUCGUGGUAUAUAUCGUUGUAACAUCAAAAUAAAUACGGUUACUUUGUACGUAGUAAUAUAUAUAUAUACGUAAGUACAAAUUUCAGGUUAAGGUUGUUUAGGACGCUGAGAUUAUUCGGUAUAGCUGGUAAAUUUGUGUGUAUAUAUAUGUAUAAAAGGAAGUUCACUUGUGUCUUUUUGAAUGUUUGGUUGUGGUUACUGUCUGGUUUAAGCCAAAUUUCAUUUGGAAUAAUGUACAGUCUUCUUUUUUGCUGUUGUCA